GAGCAAGAGAAGCUGGGAGACUCCAUUAGGGGCGGGUUGAGGGAGGAGAGUGAAGUGGGCAGAAAAGGCAGGGAGCUGUGUCUGUUGGAGAGAGAUUAAAACAGCAGCAGGAGAGUCUUGCUUCCCCAAAACGGUGGUGUUGUGUGGAUCCGGGAAAAGAGAAAGGUGCGUUGGUUUUAACGCUUUGCAGAGCGUUUUCCCUUGCAGCAAAAGCUUUUUGCAGGAACAACAACACGCAGAGCACAGUGUGCGUGGCUGGGCUUUCGCUUUCUGUGUUUUGCUUGUGCAACUUCUGACAAAGGCUUUCUGGUUCAUAGACCAGUGUGGGAAGUUGGAAGUGGGGAGACUGAAGUUGCAACCGGAUAGAUAGACGGGUAGAGAGACAGACAAACGCUUGCCUUAGGAGUAAGUCCCACAGAACUCACUGUGGCCUUCUCCUGAGCUGAUGCCUGUAGCAUUUCACAAGACAGGUGCAAUACAUAUUGGAAAUGUGCAGGCCCUUUUGGGAUCUUUGGCCUCACUUCCUACAUCUUCUACAUUGCCAAACUUAGCAUACUCGCUCAAGGAAAAUAGCUAGAGCCAGAAGCAGGGGAGAGCAUGUAAAUAGGUGCUAGUGGUGCCACUAAAGCAUUUCUAGGUCUUCAAUUGCACAAUUUGUUUCUGUGCUCUCCUAAUUUAUUUAGUUAACGCAGUUACCCAUCUUAACCUCCCAGUUUUUGAAGAGUGUUAUUAUUAUUGAUUUAUUAUUUUAAGUAUGGGAUUUACUUGAAGCUAGAGGAACACAGGCCCUGGUUUUACUGAGAAGACAAACCACUACGUGAGAUGGAAAAUGCCAGACUGCAAGUCAUAUGACUGAAUGCUCUGCGAUACAAAUGUAUAUCAAUAAAAUCCCUGCACAUAGAAAAUCAGCAGGGUGAAUGUGGUUUGCUAGUGCAGGCGAGUUUUUAAUUCUUGGAUUGAAGAGCCUUUAGUCAUGUGAACCUCCCCUUGCCUCACUGAAAGCCCUCUGUUCAAAUCUCGCCACUGUUCCUCUGUGUUUCCCUGUGGGGUUUUAGAAAGCGAAGAUUCAGGCAGGUAAUUUCUUCAGCAUCUGCAGGCGUUUAUUUAUUUUUUUGCUCUGAUUUUCUAUCUGCAAGGGGGAACUGCAACAUAAUGUUGCAGCGUGGUGUACACCUCCUCAAUGUUCCAGCAAGAUAGACAUGCAUUCCUCCAGGAUAUUGUACCCUGCUCUCACCCUGCUUUUCAUUCUCCUCACCCCUACCAAAAAUCUCAGCAUCCUGUAGUCACUGUGCAUGUUCCUUCCUGGGGCUGUUUUUACCUCCCAUUCCAUGUUAGGGUUGCCUCCUUCCAUCACAUGUUUUGUAAACCUUGGUUUUCCCCAAGGCUGUGGACAUGUCCCUAGUCUGCCUGCCUGGUGCCAUGUUGGCUACAAAGAGUAGAAGCUGGCAGGCAAGUGGACCACAGCCUCCCCAGCUCCCACCUGCCUGCCUUCUUACUUACAGCCAGCCCAGGGGCUGUCGGAUUCCUGUUCCUUAAUGCCUGUAGAACUUGGCAUAGAGUUCUAGAAUCAGUUGGCUCUGCCUGUCGGUGGCUCUGGCUCCCCCUACUGUCAGCCUCCCUGCCUUUCACCCUACCAGCCUCUAUGGGCCCCAGCCAUCCCUAGCUACCUAAGUGAUGACACUCACAUAUGUACAUUGGAAACAGAGAGGCUAAUUUUAUCAACUGCCAAAUGUUUCUGGUUCUUCAAGUUCCUUUACUAAACUUUUCCUCUUGGCACUGAUAAGAUAAGACAGGUUCUCCCGCUUGAAAUGUCCGUAGUGGGUGUUGUUGUUUUUUAUAAAAAAAUGUGGAUAUAUUCAAGAUGCCUGCCAUUGGUUAUUAAAAUAUAAUAAUCCACAUCUCUGCAUAGUAGCAAAUGAUUGACUUAUGAAGUGCUUAAGGACUCAUUACUUGCUUUCAAAACGAAUUGCUUUGAACAGCAAAUGCAGUUAAUCUUUUUUGUGUCUAUUUCAGAUAUAUAUGCAGGAGGGGGGAGGGGGGAGAAGGAGAAAUCUCUCCACUUUUCGAUGCGAGUAGGAUUGAGUGAAUUGCACUUAUUUUUAUAAGCACACUUCAAUCAAGCCCAACUAAAUGCAAAUUAUUUGGCCUAUCCUCCCCCGUGCCUCACUUCUUCUGGAACUGCUGCCAGUGCAACUCCCCUGCAGUUGCUUGGAGAAACUGGCAGAUUAAAAAAGUUUUUUUGCUAGUCUGAAAGGCUGCCUCUGCCACUGUGGCCAUUAGUGAAUGAACAGGUGCAUUUGCAAGGAUGUGCUAUGCAAGUAACUGCACAGAAGCAAAUUCCUAUGCAGGCAAAUACAGCAUGUGGAAAUGCAGUAGGAAACUGCCCUGGUUUCUCACUGCUUUGCAGUGCACACUAGCAUAUAGCAUAGUCAUUGCAGUCUUGGGCACAGACUUUGAUCUUUCACCUUGUUGCUGGUUCAACAUUAUCCCAGGAGGUGUGGUCUCUCCAAAGCAUUCCUGCCAAAAAAACCUGCAACACAAAGGUUACUCCCCACGCCCAUGCCAGUGGCUCAGUUGUUCACCUCAAAGUCCAUUCUUCUUCUGCUUUGCCAUUGCAAUGUGGUAAAACCUGUUGUUUUAAGUUCUCUCUCAAGGAUCAAUCUGAGCUGGGUUUUGAUUACCAGAGCUCCAGGCAGUUUAUUCCUGCCUGCACUCUUUCUUCCCUUCCAAACAUCCAUUUCCCACCUUACAGAAAGGGGAGAAGAGGAGGAGCAGGUUACUCUAAACUUGAGAGUAUAUUGUGUAUUGGAAUGUUUAUUUCAGGGACGGGGAAACAUCAGACCCAGCCAGGGACUGAACAAAGUCCUUCAAGCAGUAGUGCAGUGGCAAAUCCAGAAGUGCAGGGUCCCUUUAUGAGAGUCAUUGCUGCACUGCUUUUAAGGUAAAGGUAAAGGACCCCUGACAGUUAAGUCCAGUCGCAAACGACUCUGGGGUUGCGGUGCUCAUCUCGCUUUACAGACCAAGGGAGCUGGCGUUUGUCCGCAGACAGUUUUUCUGGGUCAUGUGGGCAGCAUGACUUAGCUGCUUCUGGCGCAAUGGAACACUGAAACCAGAGCAGCACAUGGAAAGGCUGUUUACCUUCCCGCUGGAGUGGUACCUAUUUAUCCAAAGGCUUUUGCAACCAUUCUGCGAGUAUUGCCACUGUCAGCAACGAGUUGGAUGCGAUAGACACAGCUUUAGGCAGUAGUCAUUGGCACAUCGCCUGGCAAUCCACCAGGCAUCGCUCUUCACCUUUCUCAGUGUAGCAAGUAUCUUUUCGCUCACAAGAGCCUUACGCUGUGCGACAAUAGCAGUCUCUGUGUCCUUUAUGCUGGCCUCAAACCAGUCAAGGAUCUGCUGCUGAAGGACAUAGCUGUUGGAAACACGCCCGGGAAGGCUGCCAACUUCCCAGGUAUUUGAGGCGUCUCUCCGGUGGUCCUCUCUGGCCGUAAAUCUCCCUCAGUCCAGGGAGACCGGUAAUAAGCGACCCCUCUCUCCUGAGAAGAGCACGCUAGUCUUCUGGCUUAUCAUAGCAGAAGAAAGAGUCAAUCAGUAGUUCUAAACUACUUUAUUUGUUGUUGUUGUUUAGUCGUUUAGUCGUGUCCGACUCUUCGUGGCCCCAUGGACCAGAGCACGCUAGGCACUUCUGUCUUCCACUGCCUCCCGCAGUUUGGUCAAACUCAUGCUGGUAGCUUCGAGAACACUAUCCAACCAUCUCGUCCUCUGUUGUCGCCUUCUCCUUGUGCCCUCCAUCUUUCCCAACAUCAGCGUCUUUUCCAGGGAGUCUUCUCUUCUCAUGAGGUGGCCAAAGUAUUGGAGCCUCAGCUUCAGGAUCUGUCCUUCCAGUGAGCACUCAGGGCUGAUUUACUUCAGAAUGGAGAGGUUUGAUCUUCUUGCAGUCCAUGGGACUCUCAAGAGUGUCCUCCAGCACCAUAAUCAAAAGCAUCAGUUCUUCGGCGAUCAGCCUUCUUUAUGGUCCAGCUCUCACUUCCAUACAUCACAACUGGGAAAACCUAGCUUUUACUAUAUGGACCUUUGUUGGCAAGGUGAUGUCUCUACUUUUUAAGAUGCUGUCUAGGUUUGUCAUUGCUUUUCUCCCAAGAAGCAGGCGUCUUUUAAUAAAUAAACUACUUUAUUUACAGUCUUAUAAUACAGAGACUCCAUCAGUACGUCUGUGCUCUUUGGACUCCGGUACAGAACUGCGUCACAUACAGCAGUGAAACUAACUUCCAAAAGUACUCAUACUUCCUGUCUCACGUUCUCUCAGACACUCACAUGAUGUAUACAAAACAUAGUACAAUAGUACCACUCGCUGGAGCAGCUCGGAUAGAUAAAAAUCCUAACAAUAGCUGUGUUGUAGGUUGUCUCUUUGGUGUGGUUCCACCUUGCUUUGACACUAACUCUGGGGCAGUUCAGUAGAGCUUGUUCAAUGGAAUGAGAGAAGUAUUCACGCGGUUGAGGUAUGACUCUUGGUUAGAGUGUGGUGCUGAUGAUGCUAAGGUUGCAGGUUCGAUCCCCAAUAUGGGGCAGCUGCAUAUUCCUGCAUUGAAGAGGGUUGGACAAGAUGAACCUCUGGGUCCCUUCCAACACUACAAUUCUAUGACUCUUCUGGCAGUGUUGAUUUUAGAGCUGGGCAAUAUAUUGAUAAAUUGUCUGGUGUUCUGAUUGCAAUACCAGUUUCAGACAAUUUGAGCUGGCAAUACAUUGCGUCAGCUCGAAUUGCCUUCAGACAGCAACGGCGCAGGCAGGCAGGUAGACAGAACCUAAGAAGGUUCUGGGCAAGCACUUUCUUGGGCCCCGUCUGCCUGCAUGCCUGCGCCUUUGAGGAAGCUCCCUGCUCCUCCAGCUUGCUUGAACUGGAGCAGUACGGGGCUUGCUGAGGUGAGGGGCUGGUGGCUUCCCACCCCCCAGCUGAGCAGUUCCACUACGCCUCAGUGCCCCUUCCAGCUUGCAUGACAGCUGGAGAGGUAUCGGGGCUUGCUCACUGUAGCGCUGAGCAAUGUAUCUGGGCUGCUUCUUCCUCCCCUAAGGUGAGGAAGCAGUAGCAACCGAGAGACAUUCCAGACACUGUGCUACAUCAGCAUAUCAUGGUGUUUAGCUGCUGAUAUAUCACGAUGCUGAAAACCAGAUACCACCCAGCUGUAGCUGAUGGAGACCACACUUUCUGCUUUGGGCUAUGGACCCUCUUUGCCUAGAGAUGUAUCUUGCUCACCACCAGGGAGUGAUCGGUGUCACAGUCCACUCCCGUGUGACAAAAACACACUUAAUAAUAAUAAUAAUAAUAAUAAUAAUAAUAAUAAUAAUAAAAAAUUAUUUAUACCCUGCCCUCCCCAGCCAAGACCGGGCUCAGGGUGGCUAACACCAGGAAUAAAAAAUUAAAAUACAACAUUAAAAUGCAGCCUCAUUUUAGUAGAAACUCAAAUCAAAAACUUUUUGGGGGAUGAAAACGUCAAAUCUUCACCAAGGCCAACUAUCCAGACUGGUUCUACGUGGGCCAGAAAAAAGUCAGGGAAGUCCCCAAAUAGGAGUUCCAUCACAGAAGGAGAAAGGAAAAAGGAAAGAGGGGGAGGGGAUCAAGUUGAUUCCAAGCCAAAGGCCAGGUGGAACAACUCUGUCUUACAGGCCCUGCAGAAAGAAAUCAGAUCCUGAGGGCCCUGGUCUCAUGAGGCAGAGCAUUCAGUGCCAAUUGCCUGAUAAAUUGUGGUAUAUAAAUUAUUUUAACAAGAUAAAAUGACUUCACUUACUGCAAACUACAGUCCUGCUUAGUUUGGACACUCUCCUUAUUCAGUAAAAGUAGAAGGGCUAUAGCUCAGCGGUAGAGCAUCUCCUCUGCACGUAGAAGGUCCCAGGUACCAUCUGUCUCUAGGUAGGGCUGGAAAAGGACUCCUGCUUGAAGCCCUGGAGAUUUGCUCCCAGUGUGGAGAGUAUUGAGCUAGCUGGACCAAUGAUGUGAUGGCUUACUGCUUGUUCCUAUUCUGCUGAGUGAGGCCCUGGAUUUCUUCCUGCAAGUCCUACCUUGUUGACACCCACCCCAUACUUGUUCCCUCGUGCUUCGUUUCACAUGUCGGGAAUGCUGAUGUCACACCAUGAAUGUAAUGUUAAAUAACAUUCUCGCUCUCAAUUUCCAUCCCAGGUCUCCAGAGGAUACGGGCCAAAAUGACUAAACUUAAUGAAAUAGUAGACAUGGACGUGCUGAGGGCCUACACUUUUUAUGCGGUCAUUAUCAUCAUAAAAAUGAUGCUGUUGAGCCCUCUAACAGGAUACUUAAGAGUGAAGAAGCAGGUGAGAAAAUAUAUGUGUUUGGAAAUGGAAAGCCCAAUGGUGUUUUUCAAAAGGCGGAAACCCACUAAUGUGAUCGGAGAGGAAGAUGGUCUCUUGCUCUCUGCAGAGGGACAGGAUCCAGAACUGUUUCUUGGAAACCGGCUGAUAUUCUGCACACAGAGCUCUCAAAAUCUUUAUUUAUGGUUCAUUCACACCAUACAUUUAAAGCAGUGGUUUUUCAACCCUGGGGUGCCAUGAAUGAUGGCCGGGGUGCCGCGGGCAAAACUGACCUCUGUCCCUUUUUCCUUCCUUCCCUCUUAUGAUGCCCCCUUGCAUCUCUGCCUUCCAAAGGCUUGCACAGCUAUUUGUUGCAGCAGCCCUGGGUACAAGCUCCUCAGGCAAAUGGUGCCUUUGGAGCUGGCCAGGGGGUGCUUCUCGGACCCCUCUUUUUGGAGCAGGGGGGCGCAGCUCAAAGAUCACCCUAUUUUUGUGGUUGUAAGUUGUUAUAAAUGUUGCGGGACCUAACAACAACAAUAAUGCGUUUAUUCCUCAUGCCCUCGAACAGGCAUUCGCCAACCCUGAAGAUGCGGCUGCAUUGGGUAAAGGAGAGGCUGGGAAAAAGACUCUCAGGACUGAUCCGGAUGUGGAGCGCGUGCGAAGGUAGCUGAGGGGACUUUUACGAAAACAAGAGUAUUUUAUUGGUUUUACUUGAAAGCUUUCUAUCCUGCUCUUCAGAAGAAGGAAAAAGUUGCAUGAAGUAACAAUUUACAUAUGUAGAAGACGUAGCGUGCAUUAUACCUGUUGUGGGUAUUCUGUAUCCAUCAGUGCAGGGAUUGACACUUGCUCCACAGAACCUCCCCCUGUGUACCCCUUAAAUCUAUUCUGGGGCUUUCCCAAAGCAGAUUUUGGGAAGAUGCAGAAAGAGGAGCAGUAAAGUUCUACUGCAAAUCCUUGCACUCAAAAAAUGGGUGCAUUUGGUGAUUGGUUUGUGUUGAGGUACCCAACAUGCUGCCCACCAGAUGAUGUUGAGCUACAGCUUACAUCAGCUGAAGGCAGCCUGACCAGUGAUCAGGGAUGAUGACUGUUGUGGAUCAGAAACAUCUGGACAGUGCUAUGUUGGCUAUACAUCAUCUACGGAGUUGCUUUGAUUGGCAGCAAACAGCCAGAAGAGCUCCUUUGACGCUGACUCAUACUUUCCUUCUUUCCCCAGACUCCAUCUCAACGACCUUGAGAACAUCAUUCCAUACCUCUUCAUUGCAUUCUUCUAUUCUUUCACGGGCGUUUCUGAAACCACAGCCUUGAUUCACUACAGACUAUUUACUGCAGCUCGACUCUUCCACACCAUUGCCUACCUGGUGCCCCUUCCGCAGCCCUGCAGGGGUCUGAGUUUUGGGGUCGGCUCGUUUGUGACCUUUUCAAUGAUAUUCCAGCUUCUGUGGAACGGCCUGAAUCUGUUAUAGAAAAGAAGCCUGCCCUCAUUACCACCAUAAUGGCCAUUCUACGGUAGUUUUCAGAUUUUUGCCUUUGGGGCAUCUUUUCCACACCUGCCUAGGGACAACCCCCCCCCCCCCGCCCGGCCAUCGCAACCUGCCUGCUACAGAACUCCCCAAUGCACGACAGAGCAUCCCAGGGCAUAUUCUAGGGCAGGGUUGGGGAACUUGUGAUCCACCUGACAUUGUUGGACCACAAUUUCCAUCAUCCGUGACCACUGUCCUGUCCUGGCGGGGACUCAUGGGAGUUUGAGUCUACUGGAGGACAGGAGGUUAUUCCCCACCCCACCCUUGCUCAGUUAAUGUGAGAACAAAACCAUACACUUUCCUGCAGAUGCACAUUACAGGGGAAGAUUCAUAAGUCUUCCAGGGAAAUGUGCUUGCUCUCCUGGUUUACAUGGAGAAGGUCUGAUGUUCAACCCCUGGCAUAUCCAGUACAAAGGAUAAAAGCAGAAAACAGUUAAUGGAGAAAUAUCUUUGCCUGAAACCCUACACAUUUAAAAGGCUGUAGAAUAUUAGAGGAACGUUUUCGCCUGGUGCCCAUGUAAUGAAGACACCAGGCGAGCCUCCCUGGGGAGAGCAUUCCACAAAUGGGGAGCCACUGCAGAAAAGGCCCUUUCUUGUUUGCCACUCUCUGGGCCUCUUAUGGAGGAGGCACACUGAGAAGGGCCAAAGAUGAUGAUCUCAGGGCUUGGGUCAGUUCAUAUUAGGCGAUGUGGUCCCUCAUAUACAUUGUCUAGCAGUGGCUGUCCAAGGUCUUGCAGGAGUCUUUUCUAGCUAGUUGGAGACGCCAGGGAUUGAACCCAAGACUUUAUGCAUGCAGGCAGGUACUCUACCACUGAACCACACCCCCUCUCUAACAAAGUUCAGACCAUUGCCUCGUCAGCUGCACGAUCAUUGCUUUAGUUCACCAAUUUGUAUGUGUAUGGGGUCAUAAGGUAGCUGAGCUCACAUGUAAAUGUAAAAACCUGCAUUUACUUUGGAAUAUCAGAAGCUAGGAACCGAAAGUAAGUAUAGCUUGCAUUGUUAUGUCCCGCUUCUGAAAGUCUAGAUGACUUUGGUUGGCCAAUAUUGGAACAGAAACAGGGGAUGGAUGGAUACUUGGUCUGGUCCAGCAAGGCCAUAUUUAAGUUUGUUCACACAAUUGAGUUGUCCCAGUCAUGGGCAUACUUUUGUGGUGGUCUUGUUCCUCCAGCUCCAGAUUCCCCAGAAAUUAAUUCAGGUAUGUUUUGAACUACAGCUCCCUUCAGCAAGUGUAGCCAACGGUCAAGGGUGAUGGGAGCUGUCGCCCAAAGCAUUUAGAGGACACCAGGCAUGGUGAAGAGAGGAAGAUAUAGGCACUACCAGGAGCCAACAGCCACACUGUAAGUCCUCCAUAAAUCGUAGGACAGCUCACCAUGAUAGGAUGAAGGCCCUGCUCAGGUCUGCUACAAAAUAAUGGCAGAAUAUUCAUGUUUUCCUACUUGCAAAUCAUUUUAUGUUUUCAGUUGUCCACACUUCUGCUUGUCCCAUACUUUCUUGGCAUAGUUGCGAGAGGGUUUUUGUUUGCCCUGCUUCUUUCCCCGAGAAAACCCACUGUUUACCACUGCAAACCAAUUGAUAUUUGCUCCGGUUCAGCAGUAAACAGAGAGUUUCUCCUGGGGGGAAGCAGCAGGUCAAGUAGGACUGUGGAUGAGCCUUAAAUGCAGUGCCUCUGCAACAAAUGUACAAAUGUGAGGCAUGAUAUGUAAAAUUAGAUGUAGCAACAGAGGAGAAACAAUUCGGCACUUGUUACACACAGUAACAGGUCUUGAGAUUUGGAAGCAACAAUGGAUCUGGAUACCAGUUGCUGGAAACCACAGGGGAAAGGCUCUUGUGUUCAGAUCCUGCUUACAGGUUUCCCACAAGCGUUUGGUUGGCUUCUAUGAGAACAGGAUGCUGCCCUGAAUGGGCCAUUGGCCUGAUCCAGCAGGUUCAUAUUAUGUUCUUUGCUUGCGGAUCUUGGUGGGCAAACAGGGUUCCCGAUGGAUACAACACAUGCCCUCCACCCCAUGCUCCACAUCACUCCUUCGCUACAACCAUCUAGCAGAGCUCAAGACCACAUUUGUCAGGGUGCAUUAUGCCCAAGCUGAUGAAUGCACAUCAAACCCAUUUUAUAAGCUCUGUCUGUGUAGAUCUACGCCUUGAGGUCAUCACAAAAGGUUGUCCUAGUGGUUAUAAAUUGGUAAAAAGAAUUUGCCCGUUCAGCUGCCCAUUUUGAGAGUUUUGACUUCAGUCAUCAUUCCUUGAACACCAGUCAGCAUUCUGGGCAAUGUUGUCAACAUAACAUAAGCUGCAAGGUUGCUGCAUUCUCUAGGGUGGGGUUUUUUUGGUUACAGUAUAUGGUAGCUGAUUCUGGGUAUUGUGAAUAACUUUUUCAAUGCCCGCAGAUAAUCUUUCUCCUCCUUUCUCUUUCGCACACUGUCUCAACCUCAGAAUGAUUGGAAUGACUUGUACAAGCUUUAGGAUUUGUUAAUGUGUAACAACUCUAUUGACGGCAUGUACGUAUGGUAAUUUUCUACAGAUGCUAUUUUGGGAUGUAUCUUUUUGAAGCAUAAAUAAUAAAGACAACAGCAAAAAAGGGGGGAAGUCUUUGCAUUUGGGGGGCUAUUUUCGUUCCCUCGACUUCUCUAACUGCAGUCAGCAAAUAGGAUGUCACAAAGAAUAAGAGAUUCAAAUCAGGGAGUUCUUUGAAGAUUAUUUACCUUAAUAAUAAGAUAUUGCAAAGCAAUGCCAAGCCGUGUUGUAAAGGAGACUUUGAUGCAAAUAGGUGUUUGUAACCAAGCGCUGAAAUAAACACAGGGAGCAGAAUUUUCUUAGCCUACCGUAUCCCUUAAGAGAAAAGAAUGUUUUGAGUGUCUUCUACCAGAGUUUCAGCCAUAAAGUCUUUGAAGCAAUUUCUUUGCCUAUAAAAAUAGAGCAGGCAUUAUGAGACCCUUCAUUAUGCAGAUCUGAUUGCUGACCAGACUUGAUGUGUGUCCAACAGCUAUUCCAGACAUUAUUGCACAUAAAUGUUACACCGUAUUCUUCCAGUUGCGCAGGUAGCUGCUCACUGACGAAGCAUACAAGGGCAAGCCUACUGAACUUCAGAAUUAUUAUUAAUAAAUACCAUAUUUUACCGUCUAUAAGAUGCCCCCAUGUAUAAGACGCCCCCUAUUUUGGGGGACUCUAAGAAAAUGGGGGAAGAUGGCCUCCAUGUAUAAGAUGCCCCCACAUUUUUCAUGUUAUUUUAAAGGAACAAAACAUAGUCAUAUACACGGUAAAUUUAUUAACCCACCUUCACCAGUAGGUCCCAGUGUGGGUUGCAACAAUUUAAAAUCUGUAAUUAAAAAUGGUUAAAACAGAGUAUAGUCACAGGAAUAGGGUGGGCCCUGAAAGCACACAUCUCAGGCAUCGAAGGUCAGAGUGAAGAGGCAUGUCUUCAGCAUUUGCCCAAAGGUGAGUGGUGAAGAAGCCAGAUGUAGCUCUGUGGCAGGGAGUUUCACAACUUGGGGGUUGCCACGGAGAAUGCCCUCUCAUUACCCUAAACUUCUGACGGAGGUGGUUGAGGUCUGUAGGGAAGAAGGGGAUCUUUCCAGAACAGGGUCAUUUGUUUUCAGACUCUUCUUGGGACAGGGAGACUAGUCUGCAGAUUGCAAGAUCAGAAGGGGAAACCCUCCCGUGGAAUCAUCUCAGACCUGGGGAGGCCAAGAAACAGAAACAGCAGGCCACGUAUUCCCCUUGGACAGAUACAGUUGCAGUGAAUGAUUCAGUAGGCUUCAACUUUUUCUUUACACCACCUUUCACCUAUGCUGCAUUGUUUUUAACACUCAAUUGGGAGCCGCCCAGAGUGGCUGGGGAAACUCAGCCAGGUGGGCGGGGUAUAAAUAAUAAAUUAUUAUUAUUAUUCCCCCUU